UAGUGAUCUUUAUAAAUAUUUCGUAUGCUAAGGGCGAUUUAUAAAUAAUCAAGUUUAGCAAACCCUAAAAAUUUAGAAGACGAUGGAAGACGAAGAGUUAAAAAAUAAGAUAGAAGAAUGGCUUAAAUAUGAUUUUAAUGAAUUAACAAGACAAACUGUUUUACGUUUAAUUAAAGCAAACGACGUCAAAGCAUUGAAAGGUAUGAUGUUGAAUCCUUUGGUUUUUGGGACAGCAGGGCUAAGAGCCAAGAUGAAUGCUGGAUUUUCUUUUAUCAAUGAUGUUACUAUUAUUCAAACAAAUCAAGGUUUAUUAAAAUAUUUAGAAGAAUGUGCUGAAACAAAGGAUAAGCUUAAGGAAAAAGGAAUUGUAAUAGGAUUUGAUGGGAGAUAUAAUAGUCAUAGAUGGGCUAAAAUGAGCGCAAAUAUUUUUAUAAAUGCUGGUGUCAAAGUUUAUUUGUUUUCUCAUUUAUGCCCUACCCCAUUUGUGCCAUUUGCACUUAAAUAUUACUCUUGUGUGGCAGGUGUUAUGGUAACCGCUUCCCAUAACCCCAGAGAAUAUAAUGGAUAUAAAUUAUAUUGGACAAAUGGUGUUCAAUUGACAUCUCCUCACGACAAACAUAUAGCAGAUAACAUAGAUAAAUACAAGGAGCCAUGGAAAUCAUCGUGGAUCGAUUUUAGUGAACACCAAAAUAGCCCUUUGCAACAAGAUCCUUUGAUGGAAAUUACCAACUCUUACAUGAAAUUCGUCACCGAUAGAUUACUAUACAAGAAUUUGAACGUUUCAGCUAAUAUCAAAAUAGCUUUCACACCGCUUCAUGGAGUUGGAUGGGUGUAUAUUAAGAAAGCUUUUGAGGCUGGUGGAUUCUCCUCCGUUUAUCCUGUCAUAAAGCAGCAAGAUCCGGAUGCGAAUUUUCCUACUUUAGAUUUUCCGAACCCUGAAGAAGGUAAAUUUGUCAUGAAAUUAGCCAUGGAAACCGCUUUAAACAAUCAAUGUUCUCUUGUUUUAGCCACCGACCCCGAUGCUGAUCGAAUGGCAGCCGUGGAAAAACAAAGCGAAGAUAAUUGGCAUUACUUCACAGGUAAUGAACAAGGUACUUUGCUAGGGUGGUGGGCCUAUCAUUGUUGGCUAAAUCUUUAUAAUUCUAAAAUACCUCAUAAUGAACAUCACGAGCCUCAAACUAAUAAUACUCAAAAAAUUUGCGAUCAGGAUGUAAUUUUAACUGAUGAUUUAAAGAAUCGAAUCAAGAAAUUAUACAUGGUAGCCAGUACAGUAUCUGGUCAUUUGUUACAGAAAAUGGCGGAGAUCGAAGGGUUUGGGUUUGAAGAAACUUUAACAGGAUUCAAGUGGAUAGGUAACAAAGCCGACGAACUUAUUGAAAGUGGACACGAGGUUAUUUUCGCUUAUGAGGAGGCAAUAGGUUACAUGUGCGAUUCCAGAAUUUUAGACAAGGACGGGAUAUCUGCCUCCUUACUUUUGGCGGAGAUGGCAAGUUAUUUAAAGAUACAAAAAAAUAUGACCUUAUACCAAAAACUUAUGGAGAUUUAUGAAAAAUAUGGUUACAAUGAAUUCAAAAAUUCAUAUCUGAGUUGUUAUGAUCCGAAGAUCAUUGCCUCAAUAUUCGAUUCAAUCAGAAAUUGGCAGGGUCAUCAAAAUACAUAUCCCAAAACAUGUGGUCCAUAUGUCAUCAAAUAUAUCAGAGAUUUGACGACUGGGUACGACAAUUCAAAACCUGAUAACAAAGCGGUUUUGCCAUUUAGCAAAUCCAAUCAGAUGAUCACGUUUACAUUCGAGCAUCUCGAUAUCAAAUUAACUCUUAGAGCAAGUGGAACUGAGCCCAAAAUAAAAUACUAUUCCGAAAUUUUGGCUCCCGUGGGUUACAAGGAUAAAGAUAAAAUAAAGGAUGAGCUAAAGUCAAUCGUAGGCAAAGUUGUUGAAGAAUUUCUUAAACCUGGUGUAAAUAAUAUAUCCUACCCAGAUAUGCUCCCUGAAUAAUCAAAAGAAUAUUUCAUACAGGUGUUUUUUUUAACAUUAUUUAUUUUCUGGUUUUAUUUAAAAUCUGAUAAAUUUUAGAAAAUUACUGUGAAUCGAUUUUUUUAAACAACCUAUUGAAUAUUAAUUUAUUGCUGACUCUUUAAAUUUAUUCAUGUAAAAUAUUUUUUAAUUUAUUAUA